GCGCAAUGCGUCCGCCCUAGGGGGAACCAGGGUCACCCUGAGCUACAGACGGCGCUGCGAUGCUGAGCAGGUUCCUGAGCCCGCGCUACCGCGAACUGGCCAAGAACUGGAUUCCCACCGUGGGCAUGUGGGGCAGCGUGGGUACCAUAGGGCUGGUGUGGGCCACCGACUGGCAGCUGAUUCUUGACUGGGUGCCCUACAUCAACGGCAAGUUUAAGGACAACUAAGCUUAACCUCCUUGGAUCCCUCUGGUUACUGGUGGUGAUGCCUGCUGCAUCUGAAACAGCAGGAGCCCUCAGCAUAGACCUCAAGGAGAUCCAUGGCAUGACAGGACUUUGUAGUCUCUGAUAAUAACUUUGAUGUGAGUGCACACAGCAUUAAACUUCACUCUGAAACCUGCCCCGCCUGGA